UCAGUGGAGCUCCGUGGAGGGAGGAGUCACUCAAAUGUCUCACAUAACGUACCGAAUGCGCUUUUAUCAGCAGCUGUAACAGAAACGCGCCUGCGCAUUUUCAGCCCUUCUUCCACCCGCCGUUUCUCAUCCCGUGGCCCCCACCCCCGCCGCACUUCCGCUCGCGCCAGCCAAUCGCGCGGGGCGCGUGGCAGCAUAUAGCGGUCUGACUGCUGUGGACAGCUCCAUCCCCGCACUUCUGCGUCACACUGAGCGGAUCCCGCAUUGCGAUCUCCUGCAGCCGUGAGGAUGGCGGCCCGGACCAUGCAAGCGGCUCGAUGCCCAACAGAUGAGCUGUCCUUGACCAACUGUGCUGUCGUCAGUGAGAAGGAUCUGCAGUCGGGACAACAUGUUACCGUAAAGACCACACCAAACCACAAAUACGUGUUUACUGUCAAGACCCACCAUACAGUAGCUCCUGGGACCAUUGCCUUCAGCCUACCACAGAGGAAAUGGGCUGGUCUCUCCAUUGGUCAGGAUAUAGAAGUGUCCAACUACAACUUUGACAAGUCCAACCAGUGCAUUGGUGCCAUGACCAUCGAGAUUGACUUCCUGCAGAAGAAAAGCAUGGACUCUUCUCCCUAUGACUCUGACAAGAUGGCAGCCGAAUUCCUCCAGCAGUUCAACAACCAGGCCUUCUCUGUAACCCAGCAGCUGGUCUUCAGUUUCUGCGACAAGCUCUUUGGGUUGAUGGUGAAAGACAUUGAGGCCAUGGACAGCAGCAUUCUCAAAGGAGAACCAGCCACUGGAAAGAAGCAGCAAAAGAUUGAUGUUGGUCUCAUGGUUGGCAACAGCCAAGUCAUUUUUGAGAAGGCAGAGACCUCUUCUCUCACCCUUGUCGGUAAGGCAAAGACGAAGGAGGCGCGGCAGACCAUCAUCAACCCAGACUGGAACUUUGAGAAGAUGGGAAUCGGAGGUCUGGACAAGGAAUUCUCAGACAUUUUUCGGAGAGCAUUUGCCUCUCGAGUUUUUCCUCCAGACAUAGUGGAACAAAUGGGCUGUAAGCACGUCAAGGGGAUCCUGCUGUUCGGACCGCCCGGAUGUGGGAAAACACUGAUGGCCAGGCAGAUCGGCAAGAUGCUCAAUGCUCGAGAGCCGAAGGUUGUAAACGGCCCAGAGAUCCUGAACAAGUACGUGGGGGAGUCCGAGGCCAACAUCCGCAAACUGUUUGCAGAUGCAGAGGAGGAGCAGAAAAGACUGGGGGCCAACAGUGGUCUUCACAUCAUCAUCUUUGAUGAGCUGGAUGCCAUCUGCAAGCAGAGAGGCACAGGCGCCAGCAGCACCGGAGUUCAUGACACUGUGGUGAACCAGCUUCUGUCCAAGAUCGACGGCGUGGAGCAGCUUAACAACAUCCUGGUUAUUGGUAUGACCAACAGACCUGACCUGAUCGAUGACGCUCUGAUGAGGCCCGGCAGGUUUGAGGUCAAGAUGGAAAUCGGCCUGCCUGAUGAAAAAGGUCGUGUCCAGAUCCUGAACAUCCACACCAUCAAAAUGCGGAACUUCAACCUCUUGGCUGCAGACGUUGACAUUAAGGAGCUGGCUGCAGAAACGAAGAACUACAGCGGUGCAGAGUUGGAGGGUCUGGUCAGGGCGGCACAGUCCACAGCCAUGAACCGACACAUAAAGGCUACGUCCACUGUGGAAGUGGACAUGGAGAGGGCAGAGAAGCUGCAGGUCACGCGUGAUGACUUCAUGGGAUCCCUCAACAAUGACAUCAAGCCGGCGUUUGGCACCAACCAGGAGGAUUAUUCCAGCUACGUUAUGAACGGCAUCAUCAAAUGGGGAGACCCGGUUGCCCAUGUUCUGGAUGACGGAGAGCUGCUCGUCCAGCAGACCAAAAACAGUGACCGCACCCCACUGGUGGCUGUUCUGCUGGAGGGUCCACCACACAGCGGAAAGACAGCUUUGGCUGCUAAGAUAGCAGAAGACUCUCAGUUCCCCUUCAUUAAGAUCUGCUCUCCUGACAAGAUGAUUGGAAGCUCUGAGAUCUCCAAGUGCCAGGCCAUUAAAAAGGUCUUUGACGAUGCUUACAAAUCCCAGCUCAGCUGUGUGGUGGUGGAUGACAUCGAGCGUCUGCUGGACUACGUCCCCAUUGGUCCUCGUUUCUCCAACUUGGUUCUGCAAGCUCUUUUGGUGCUGCUGAAGAAGACUCCACCCAAGGGCCGAAAGCUGCUCAUCAUCGGGACCACCAGCAGGAAGGACGUUCUGCAGGAGAUGGAGAUGCUGGACGCCUUCAGCACCACCAUCCACGUUCCCAACAUCUCCACUGGAGAGCAGCUGGUGGACGCCUUGGAGCUUCUGGGGAGCUUUACGGAUAAAGAAAGAGCCAGCAUCGCGCACCAGCUCAAGGGCAAACGGGUCUGGAUCGGCAUCAAGAAGCUUCUGGUGUUCAUAGAGAUGUCUCUGCAGAUGGAUUCAGAUUACAGAGUCACCAAGUUCCUGUCUCUGCUUAGAGAUGAAGGGGCGCUGAAUGAAGGUGACCAAAUCCGAAUUUAAGUUGUUGCUGCCCCCCUUGCUGACAUCGCAACUUUCAUGACUAAAGGACACGGAUGGCGUGAAGGAAGCGUCAUCCUUUCUUCAAGUGACCAGACUUAUGGGACAAAAUUGGAAGAAGAAUAAGCAGAAGACAUCAUUUCUUUGUUCAGGAACACACUGACCCAUCAAUAUAUCUAAACACUUGUCGGCAUGUUUCUGUAGAGCUAAUGUCCACACAUUGGGACAUCCCAGAUUAUAUCUAAUAACUGGAAGUUGUAGUGUUACAAUUCUGUUGUCUUUAAAGACAUCUGCAAUAGAUUACUGUAAAAAGUGCUGUUCUGUGCUAAGUGAGUAAAAAAAUGCAUAAAGCAACCCGUGUUCUUGCCCUAACUGUCUGUGGUGUUGGUCACAUAUCUUUUGUCUGACAGAAGGUCGUUGUUGUUGUGCAUCCUGACAGUAUAAAACUCGCUAGAGUGGAAAAAUGUUACAUUUUAAUUUAAGAUGUGAAUCUAAAAAAGGCUGUUAUGUUGAUGUAUUAGCUAUGAAACAGGAGCAGUUCUGUGUGCAAAUGUAACCCCUUUAAAAUGCUGUUUAGUUAUGUCAUGUAAAAAGUAUAUAUAUAUACAUAUAAAUAUAUGAGGAGAAGUUAAAGAGCACCAUAAAAAUAAGAAUAUUUCAUACUUUCUCAGUAUGACCUAUCCUGUCACUUCAGAGGUUUUGUUUUCUGGCAGGUUAAUGUAAUUUUUGAAAGUAAUGACUGGAUGUUUGGCCAGUAAUUCUGUGUCACGGUUCUUUACAGAUUCUGUGUUUAUCUCACCAUAAGUGAGUUUGUGUGAGAGUUUUGCUCAUGUGGAAGUUUAGUAUUUAUUUGAUUGGAACCAUGUGUGUCAAUCUAAAUCACAUGAAAACAACUAGAGGUUCUUUGGUUAAAUGUUAUUCUUUCUUACAUGUUAUAAAUUGAAAUUCUACAUUUCCUGCUUUUGUUCAGACCCUUGACACUAAAUGUUUACAAAUAAAUGUCAAUAUCCAAAUGGUUGCAAUAAAAGAUGCACAGCUUCAUAAAACUCA